AGACCCUUCAGUGUGUCUUAGAGGGAAGCAAUGGAAGGAAUGGAUAAAUCUUUGAUGAUGUUCUUUGAGGAUGUGGCCGUGGCCUUCUCCUGGGAAGAGUGGCAGCACCUGGAUGAUGAGCAGAGGAGCCUGUACAGGGACGUGAUGCUGGAAACCUACAGUCACCUGGAGUCACUGGGACAUUCAGUCACCAAACCCGAAGUGAUCUUCAGGUUGGAGCAAGGAGCAGAGCCAUGGGUGGGAGAGGAAUCCUCAGACCAAGUCACCUCAGGCCCCGUUUUAAAUACCGGAAGCUAUUCGGGAAUGUUGCCCGAGGAAUAUGGCGUCUACAAGGACAAGUUUAUACUACUUAAGAUGGCCGAGACUCAUUUUGUCGAGAAACCUGAGGGCUUUAAUUCAGUUGGGAAAUCCCUUGCUUUUGAGGGAGAAGAGCGUCGAAGCGAUCAAAGAGGAAGUGCUGUUAAGACGUUAUACUUCGCUCCCCUUCAGAAAACUGAGGUAGGAGAGAAAACGUCUGACUCGGAUGUCUGUGGUGAUACUUCCUAUAAAAUAUUCAAUGUUGCUGAAUAUCAAAACUUAUAUACAGGCGAGAAACCUUAUAACUAUCCCAAAACGCCGCAGUCUUCAACCGCUAGGCACCAGAGAACUGGCUCAGGAGAGAAUCCCUUUGGAUGUAAAGAAUGGAGCAAAAGUUACUCUCAGAAGUCCUGCCUCACUCUACACCACAGGAUCCACACAGCGGAGAAACGCUUUGAAUGUGAAGUGUGUAGGAAAACGUACUCCUGGAAGUCAUACCUGGCCGUGCAUCAAAGAAUUCACGCAGGGGAGAAGCGCUUUGAAUGCAAAGUAUGUCGGAAGACUUUCUUCUCAGGUUCCAACCUCGUCGAACACCAGAGAAUCCACACCGGAGAGAAACCUUAUGAAUGUGAAGUGUGUAGGAAAACUUACUCCCGGAAGGCAUACCUCACGGUGCACCAGAAAAUCCACACGGGAGAGAGGCGCUUUGAGUGUGACAUAUGUGGGAAAACUUACUCCUGGAAGUCCUAUCUCGCCGUGCACCAGCGGAUCCACACAGGAGAGAAACCCUUUGAGUGCAAAGAGUGUCGGAAGACUUUCUUCUCGGGUUCCAACCUCAUCGAACACCAGAGGAUCCACACGGGGGAGAGGCCCUAUCAAUGUGACGUGUGUAAGAAAACAUACUCCAGAAAGGCAUACCUCACGGUACACCAGAGAAUCCACACAGGAGAGAAACGUGUCGAGUGUAAGGAAUGCAGCAAAACUUUCUUCUCGAAUUCGGAUCUCAUGGACCACCAGAGGAUUCACACCGGAGAGAGGCCAUACGAGUGCACAGUGUGUAGGAAAACGUACUCCCGCAAGUCGUACCUCAUUGUCCACCAGAGACUUCACACAGGAGAGAAGCUCUUUGAGUGCAAAGAAUGUCCGAAGACUUUCUUAUCCCGGUCCAACCUCAUCGAACACCGGAGAAUCCACACGGGAGAGAAGCCCUUCGAGUGCAAAGAUUGUAGGAAAAGCUUCGCUUCCCGCUCGAACCUCAAUGCCCACCAAAGGAUCCACACCGGGGAGAAACCCUUCGAAUGUAAAGAGUGUGGGAAAACCUUCUCCUGGAGGUCACACCUCAUCGAACACCGGAGAAACCACACCGGAGAGAAGCCCUACCAGUGCUCCGAGUGCAAGAAGACUUUCUCGUGGAAGUCGGCUCUCUCGGACCACCAGAAGAUUCACACAGGGGAAAGACCCUAUGAAUGUAAAGAGUGUAGGAAAAGAUUUGUGUGGAAGUCAAAUCUCCUCGAACAUCAAAGGAUUCACGCUCGGAAGAAGUUCUAUGAAUGUAAAAAAUGAAGCGAAGCUGGAGAUACGCGUCACUGAACAUCAUACAACUGGCGUGAGAGGGAAACUAAAGAGAAAGAGCAUCGGGAGUCUUUGUACACUAAUCAGACCCCGUUGUGCACCAGAGAAUCCACAGGAGAGAAAACUGACACCAAGAAUGUAGGAAAAUUGGGCCCGAGCGGGAGGAGAGCAGGGAGGGUGAUUGUUGUGCCUGCGACCAACCUGGCUUUGAUCCACGGUGCCACGUAGGUUCUCCCAAGCCCUUCCAGGAGUGAUCUCUGAUCACAGAGCCAGGAGUCAGCCCUGAGCGCUCCCCAGGCGUUGGCCUUUAGGUAACAACAACCAAAUUUCUACGAGAAGCUACUU